CUCCGUCAUAAGAGAGAAAACUAAUAUUCUCUCACUUGGUUCAUUUAACCCAUGAUCAAACAUAAUAAAAGAUCAAAUCUAUGAUUCUAUGAAUCACGGAGUUAGUCUUUUGCUAUAAAAUAUUACCAUAGUACUUCGUAUAUUACAGUAUACCAAGUCUCCUAAACAUAUGCUCUUAAACGCGCUCCAGUUGAAACAAACUGGAUGGAUAGGGUCAUCCUAUUCUAUUUCAUUGUGGAUGCCAUCACACACAUAUUGGAUAAAGAUAAAGAAACGUAACUCAUAGUCACCAAAGUGUAAUUGAUAUGUGAAUCAGGUCGUCCAUUCAAUUACUUGAGCUAGUAACUGUUUCUUUGUGAAAUUACAAAGCGGUUUUCAGGUCACCUCCAUAUUAAAGAGUUAAUUAUUCAAAUACGAAUAAGCAUGGGAGAUGUGCAAAAAUGGGAGUUAGGGUAUCAAAAUUUCCCAGAAAGGGUUUUUUUUUUUCUAAAUGGACAAGAAUGCAUCUGCCCUUGCCAAACUUACUGCCUGCAUGCUAUAGUGCCACCGGAUGCCAGAGCUCCGCCGCUGGCUGCUGACAUAGUGCCAUGCCAGAAUGCUGCCACCGACGUCGGAUCUGCCUCUGCAUCCACCGGAGCUCCAACGAGUCCAAGAAAAAUUCCAUUUUUUUUGCCCGCCUGCCACCGCCGCAGUUGCCGGAGCUCCACCGCUGCCUCCACCACCAACAGACUGCCCCGGUUACCCAAGGGAAUUAGGGAGGAAAAUUAAUUAGUUUAAUAAGGGUAUUGUGGAAUGAAAAUCAAGGGUGAUUUACAUGCAAUGCAAUGCAAAAAAGCGGGGAAUGUUUUAGGGUUUAUGAAAAUAUGGAAGUGGGAAAUCCAACUGGAGAUAGGGUUGGUUUAAUUGUAAAAAAGCUCUAGUUGAAAGUGACGU